AACUAGACAGAAAAGCAACAGGAACUGGAAUGAAAAGAUCAGUGGCUGAUGAUGGCUGCUGAAACUAACAACUCUAGGGUCUAAUAGGGUAGAUGGUUUUCUACGGUGUGUUGUUUUUUUCUUAUUUCUUUGUUUUAGUCUGAAACGUUUUGAUUGACUGGAUCUGGAUAUAGUAGACUAGAGAAAGAGAAGGAGGCGGGCCUGAGCUGUAACUGUGGUUUACACAGGGUCUCCUAAGAGCUUGUUUGUUAUUUUAAAUUGGGUCCCAGGGACGGGGAGUAAUGUGGUGAUGUGCUGUAGUUCAUUCAUUCAUGAAUUGAGACUGCCUCUAGGGAGCACUGUGAGAGUCUGUGAGGCACCAUGCCAGCGAGACAGUGACUCAGUUUAGGCUGAGCUCUUUUGGUGGUGAACUCUAUGUGGUUCUCGUCUGGGAUCUGACCUCGGCUCCAGAGCUAGCACCAGUCUCUGAGGAACUCAACUUGAGAUACUGAAGCCUCCUGGGUUGUUGUGACAGCAGCAGGAGAAGUACAUUGAAAUCAGCUCAUGCAACAGGCUCAAACAGGACGGUAAAUCCACAUAAUAGUCAACUCUGAAAGCCUGCUGUCAUAGACAUUGUUCCUCUUUAAAGUGUGCAAUGAGGGCAGUGUGUUUGAUGCUGACUGCCUUAUUGAUGCUGGAAUAUGUGUGCCGGAGUGACACCAUGUCCACCUGUAAGUCUCUGGACUUGGAGCUGGUGAAGAGGAAACGUAUUGAGGCCAUCCGUGGACAGAUACUGAGCAAGCUGCGGAUGCCCAAGGAGCCAGAGAUUGACCAGGAGGGAGACACCGAGAAGGUCCCAGCUUCCCUGAUGUCCAUCUACAACAGCACAGUGGAGCUGAGUGAGGAGCAGGUGCAAACGUACAUACCGCCUAAUCCGGAUGCAGAGGAGGAGGCAUACUUUGCAAAGGAGGUCCACAAGUUCAACAUGAAACAAAGUGAGAACACCAGUAAGCACCAGAUGCUCUUCAACAUGUCUGAGAUGCGGUCAGUAUUGGGGACUGAUCGACUGCUCUCUCAAGCUGAGCUCCGUCUCCUCAUCAAGAACCGUGGCAAGAUCGAAGACAACGAGCAGAGGCUGGAACUCUACAGAGGAGUUGGAGAUAAGGCACGUUACCUGAAGUCCCAUUUUGUCUCCAAGGAAUGGGCCAAUCGCUGGGUGUCCUUUGAUGUUACACAGACUCUGAAUGAGUGGCUGCAAGGGGCUGGAGAGGAGCAGGGAUUCCAAUUGAAGUUGCCUUGUGAUUGUGGGAAACAAAUGGAGGAAUUCCUCUUCGAAAUAUCAGGGAUGAACAAGCUGAGGGGAGAUACAGAAACACUAGCCAUGAAAAUGCCAUCAAAGCCUCACAUUUUACUGAUGUCACUUCCUGUGGAACGCCACAGCCAGCUUAGCUCUCGGAAGAAACGACAAACCACUACUGAAGAGAUCUGCUCAGACAAAUCGGAGAGUUGCUGUGUGCGAAGACUUUACAUUGACUUCCGUAAGGACCUGGGCUGGAAGUGGAUCCAUGAACCCACUGGCUACUUUGCUAACUACUGCAUCGGCCCCUGCACCUAUAUAUGGAACACAGAAAACAAGUAUUCCCAGGUACUGGCUCUGUAUAAGCACCACAACCCCGGAGCCUCUGCCCAACCCUGCUGUGUUCCACAGGUCUUGGAGCCCCUACCCAUUAUCUAUUAUGUGGGGAGACAACACAAGGUGGAGCAGUUGUCCAAUAUGAUUGUUAAGUCCUGCAAGUGUAGCUAGAAUUACUGCACGUCUCUCUAUUUUCUUGUCCAUUGUAUUUCCUUGUACUCAUAGAGAUACAAAAUGGGGGCUGAUCCUUUUUGAUGCCGCUGGUUUAGUGUAAAAUGCUUGUCCCUUGGAAAUCAGGAUGUAGUCAAGACAUUCAUUUACGAAGGGUACUAUUAUAAUUGUGUUUGGGUGGUGUCUCAAGUCUGCAUUUUUCAUUUAGCUUUUCCCAGCAGAGAAUUUGUUUAUGUUUAGUGAUUUGUUAAUGUUUUCUUAUUUUAUUUAAAAUAUAUGUAGUGCUUUAUGGAGUUUAAAAAAAUGUUGUUUAGACAUGUCCUGGGUGUGUCAAUAGUCUUGACUAAUUGUCACUGUGUUGCAGUAUUUGUGCUCCCUGGUAAAUAUAGAGGAAAGAGAGAGGCUAAGACGGGAUUAGUUUGGGUUUACUACUUAAAAUAAUGAAUGUUCAAUAGCAUCAAUGUCCUCUCAAUAUUUUUGUCAUUAUUCUCUUUUGAAUAAAUGUAUCUGCAUCACA